CGGUUCCGAGUUCUGGCAUCCCGUGGUGUAGGCGAGUAGAGCGAGGGGCGAACAAAAGCAAGUUUUAAAAGUUUGAGCCGGCAAGUAGACAAAGAGCGGACAGCCAGUUCUGACACUUUUGCGCAAGUAGAGAAUCAAAUGAAGAAAACUUUUUGAAAAACUUCACGAAAGGUUGAAAACUUAUACCAGCCUACAUUUCUUUUUUAAAAACUCAACUCAAACUUUUCAAAUCAAAAGAAACUAUCAGUUCCUAAAGAUGAGUGCCACCACAAUCAGUCACGUGAUAACCUUCCUCCUAGUCAGUGUCGUCACGCUCUGUUUGUUGUCUCAACAAGUCAUGGCCGGACCCGCGGGCCUGGAGAAGCGAGAGACCCUCCGCUCCCCCCGGGCUAGGUACCGGGUGGGUGGCUACAUGUUCGGCAAGAGGGGAGGGGCGGACAUGAUUUCAACCAAUCUGUUUGAUGUUAUAUCCAGAGAGAUGCAAACGAAACAAGCAUUGGAGGCUUUACUUUUUAAAAACCCAGAGAUGUUGUCGGAGCUGCUAACGAUAUUGGACAAAAAUGAUGAUGGUUUCGUGACACUUUCUGAAUUGAUGUGAUUUGUGAUUGGUUGUCGGAGGUCAUGUGGGGUCUUCAGGCAAAUGGGACGAUACCAAGACAAGUGACCUUGAGGCUUAGAGAAGCUAAAAAUAAAACUUACGUAACACCAGCCAACCAAUGACUAAUUUUGCUCCACUGAAACUUAACAAAGCUAUUAUCUUUCUUCAACUCAGCAUCAUUGCAUUAAGAAAUAAUGGUUUUUUUUUGUUUGUUUAAAAAAAAACGUCGUUUAAAACACUACUUGUGAUUCUAGAUUUUUUUUGUGAAAAUAAAUAAACAACAUCAUAUCACACUAGCCUGGUAAGCCUUUAAGAAGGAGAACUCUGAAUUUUAUAUUUUCAGGGGAAAUAACUUUAUAUUUCGUACUGCUAUAGAGACUUUGAAAAAUAACAUCUAAAUUGUCAAUUAGGCUUUUCUUUGUUUUUCUUUUAAGAAUACCAAAAAUUGUAAUUUAAACAAUAUAUUUAAAAUAUGUAUAUUUUACCUUGAUUCCAAAGAACAAUUUUAAUAAACCACACCCCACAAAUAAUAAGGACGCCCUUCAGAAUUUACACUAUGGUUAUGUUUUUCUUAUAAAUUCAAAUGAUUACAGAAUUACUGAAAUCAUGGGAAUUAUCGGUAUUCUCUUCGAUUUGUUUUACAACAACAGAAGAUUUUAAAUAAAAGUAUAUAUGCACUUUUUAGUCAGACUAAUAAACGGAAGCUUAUAAUCGAAUCGGAACCUUAACAGCUACAUUGGGGAUGAUUUCGCUGACUACAUCCAACCUUGCUAUUGGUGAACUGACAAGAGGAACAAUCUCUAAAUAUUUGAUCACUAAAAAUAUAUCGCAAAAAAAUUUAAUUAUUUUUAAAUUAGAGGGAAAAAAUCAUUUCGAUUAAAAAUAUACAGACAAUGAAUCAUAGAGCAACUCUACUGCACCACUACUGCCCAGAUAUUUAAACCCGAUCAGAAAAUAUUACAAUGGGAAGCGGCCAAGUCGACAUCUAAUUCUUAAAAUUUAAGUUUAAUUCUAAUCACAAACUUUGUUAAACAUAAUCCUCUAAAUCUUUUUCGUGUCAAGUUCUGAAUCUGUCGACUGAUUCUAACAAAUCUGAAGCAGAUGACUCAUUUCUUCCAACACAUAAGUACAAAUCUCUUUUUUUUUAAAGAAAUUCCCUAAAUUUGCAAAUACGCAACAAAAUUUUAUUAUAUCUUUAGUUUGAUUUAAUUAAAGCAAUUUAGAAAUAUUUUAUAAUCAAGAUAAAAAUCGUUAAUCUAGCGGAUUUUACAGGUAUCAUCACAUAUUAACUAAAUUAUCAAGUAAGCGUAUUUUUGCUAAAUAGUUCAACCUAAUUAUAACAUAAAUAGAUAGGGAAUCUAUUAGGUUAACUAUUUCGAAAUCUUCAACUGCAAUAAACUGUUUGUAGGAAAUUCUAUUUUGAAGUAUUUCUCCAUGUCUUUAUAGUUUAAAUAUAAAUAUCAGACCCUCUCCUUCACAGAUUACAUUGGAGGAUAUCUGUAAGCUCAGAAUAUGUAAUUAAAUUUCUAGACUGAAUUUUAGAAGAGUUGUGUUGCUUUGUAUAUGACCUGUUUCACAAAUAAAUUCGUGACGUCAGUGUGAA